UUUAGCAUCGCUAGGUACGCGGCUACAUCACUAAAAGAACCAAAUGUCUCAACUCUCAAGUGAAGCCAUCAUUAUUCCCUCCUUUUGUGUCCUGUUGCUUGUUUGUGAAUACAUUGUAUAAAACUGCAUAAUUGUGUAUUUUCCAAAAUUCAAUAUGCGGAAAGUAUCGAAGAAUCGUACGGAUGAUGAUGUGAUAUCAUCUACAAAUGGUUCACUAAUGAAUGAAGACCAGACAGAUACAGAACGUAAUACCGACUCCAAUGAGAAGAAUAACUCUGUAGGUAACGAUAGUCUCGACCAAAACGACGAUGAUUCCUCGGAUAUAUCUAAAGAGACUAAAAGAGGUAGACCGAGCAAAGGCAAGUCCAAGAAACGUAAGUCUGGAAAAGAAAAGCAUGUCGUCGAAGAAGAGUACGAGGUGGAAAAAAUUGUUGACUCAAAGAAGAUAAAGGGGAAAUUGCACUAUCUUAUCCGCUGGAAGGGUUAUUCGGCUGACAGUGAUACUUGGGAACCAGAGAAUACACUAUCUUGCCCAGAACUUAUCAACAAAUUUAAUGAGGAGAAAGAAAAUUCUAAAAACAAAGAGAGCAAACCUACUAAGAAAGCAAUUAAAAGAAAAGCCAAAAAAGGUAAAGAUAAUCAACCUGCCAGUAAAAGACCCAAAACUGAAUGGGAUGGCAAAGACGAUGAAAAUGCUGAGUAUGAGGUUGAACGCAUCAUGGAAGUGCAUCAUAAGAAAAAUGGCAAAAGAGAAUUUUUAAUUCAUUGGAAAGGAUGGUCCAGCAAGUUUGAUUCAUGGGAACCAGAGAGCAACCUUAAUUGCCCAGAAUUGAUUAAAAAAUUUAUGGACAAGGUUUCCAACGCUCGUUCAAUGGAUUCACGAAAUUUAAGGGUGGCUCCAGAGGCUACUAACAGAUUCACACUACAAGACCCAACAACGGGUCGGCGAUUAAGCAAAAGACGUGGCCAGCGUCAAAGAGUGCGUUAUGACAAUGCGGAGUAGAGGAUUUUUUCUCAUUAUACCAAAACUUUAUGUUGGAUGUAAUAUGUGAUUUUAUGCAUAUUAUUGGUAUUUUUAUUUUAUAUGUGAAGAAGUUUCAUAUUAAAUGUUUUCAUAGAGUCAUUCUGUGUUCUAUGAAGUAUUUAUAUAGUAUUUAGUUAAUCUUUUGAAUAUAUUUUUUUGUAACAUAGCAAGUAAAAACCUGUUUAUUUAUAUGUUGCGUAUUUUUUUUUCAAAGAAACUAUAAUUUACUGAUGUAUAAAACUUUUUCGACGGUUGUAAAGCUAAGUUUAGUCUAUGGCAGAAUUUAUUACAUUAAUACAUUGUUGUAUUAGGUGAGUAUAUUGAGUUAUAUACAUAUUUAGAAUAAGCGAUUGUUCAUUCUCCUUUUGAUUCUUUAAGGAACUCAGAUAUAGACCAUUUCAUCCACGAAGGUUCACCCCACCACUUUUCGAGUGGAGCGGGGCAAGGUCAUUGACCCAAGUUUCAGUUGCGAGUUGCGAGCGGUUCGGUGUACAUGAGUUUUAUGAUCUACGUUGCGCAAACCUAUUGAUUCGUCACGAAAGUUGCUCUACUACUUAUUGUAAUUUUAAAUAGACUUAAAAGAUGUGGUUUUUUUAACGACUGAAAAUUUUGCUUUAGAUUUCGUUAGGACUAAAUAUGUACCUUUUUAAUUUCAUUGGCAUGAGACCUUGGAAUUAAAGAUACUGUACAGAAAUUUACAAAAGCGAAUAAGAUUUUGAUGAUUUUCAUUACGGUGGUUCUGUUGGGCUAAUUUCUUACUAACAAAAAAAAUAAUAAAAACAUAAAAUCGCCUUGAAAAAUCACUAAAAACCAGAAAUUAUUUAACAUAUAUUAUAUGGGUUACUCAGAAAUGAACAAUUUGGCGCGAAAAAUUAAAAAUGAUUUUAAAUUCGAUCGAGAUUUAAACCGAGGUCUAUUUUGUCAAAAUGACAUCAAAUAAGCAAUUUAAACGAAUGCAAAGAAACAUAGUAAAGUAACAAAGUGUUUACAGUUACAGUAUUCCUCUGUUCUUACAAUAUUCCUAUUCAAUAAAACUCACUGUGCACCAACAGUUAUUGCAAACAAAUUACAAAAUUUUUUUAGUGACUCAACUAUAAUGAUUUAUACUGGUUUUUGACCGCGGUGUUAUUUGAUGCUAUUUUUUAAAAUAUCUUGGCUCUAAAAUAUCUCAACCUGUUAUACGUUAUCUUAUACUUAAAAGCCAAAUAUGUAAUAAUAUUUUACGACGGCUAUAGGCCUUCGUAAAAUAUAUCAUAUCCUAUUAGUGAUUUUAUAUCACGCUAUGAUUAAUAGGAACUGAUCAGUAAUUAAAAUUAUUCCUUUUGUGACCUUCCGUGAUGUGCGCUGCGUAAACGGUUAAUAUUACGCAACAAUCAUGAAUGACAGAAUUGUUCCUCUUAAAAAGUUUUAAAAAGUAUAUUAUAAAACGAAGUCCACCUCCGCACCUAUCUGCCUGUCUGAACGAUAUAAAGUCAAAAACUAACCAAAUGGGAAGGACAUAGGCUAUUUUCUAUCUCGAGAAAAUAUGUAGCGAGACUUUUAUACCCGGGAAACUUUAUAACGCGGGCGGAGCCGCGCGGAAUACAAAUAAUAAAAUUGGAGUAGAGCAUAUUUCCAAUCGUAUCAUUUUUGUCUCGCGAUAGACUUUUUUUUUUUUGUUUCGC